AUGAGUUUUCACAUCAUUUCUUGCUUGCUGCCUAUCCCUGAGCUGAGUAUGCUGCUGGCCGCAGCGGUUAAGCUGCACAUGCAUUUUUUGGGGGUAGCGAUGUUUGCGAUCUUAUAUAAUGUGCCGGUGCUCAGUCAAGAUAGGAAUGUAUUACCGCCCGCUCGCGGGCGAACUCAUGACGCAGCGCUACAUUUUCAGAUUCUUGACCUCGGCCGCCAAUAUUUCGUCUGGGUGUCCGCCGUCGGCCCAAAGCUGGGGAACCUGUAUCUGGCCAUCAAGACCCCGGCGGACAAGAUACCUGCCGUGGCGUCGCUGCUGCCUUUUGCUGGUGGUGGCGGAGGUGGAGGUGGUGGCGGAGGUGGAGGCGGAGGUGGAGAGGACUCAGCCAUGGCGCAGCGGCUGGCGCUAAAGCUGGGUAAGCCGGUCGUGUGCUCGUGCAACUUGCCACAGAAUGCGCCGCUGCUGCAGGCGGUUGCGGAGAGGCGGCUGCUUCAGGAGCUUCAGGCCAUGAUCCAAAAUGAGGACUCAGCAGUCGCAGCAGGGGCAGCAACUGAGGCAGAGGCAGAGGCAGGGGCAACCUAA